AUGCUUCAGAAUCUCUCUGACAAACCAGAUACCCUUGACACUUGUGGCGCUGACAAUUCUUCUGCGGCUGGUUUUACUUGGUCUCAAACCGCAUUGUCUGUUCGGCCUAACCAGGAACACGACCACACCAGUGCCGUUAUGGAUGACUCAUCACAUUCAUCUAUCUUGGCUGGUGGCGGCGGCCUUCUAGACAUCGGUCGUCCUAUCGCAAAUGCUGUACAAAUGGGCCCAGGAACUGUUAGUGGAGUAGUUACAACAUCUGGUACCUCCGCUGUAGCUGGCAUUUCAUCUAGUGGAGAGGUGGGUGUGACUACUGGCUCUGGUCCCGGAUCAGUGGCAGCUGCAGAGAGGUCGGCUUCUCUUGUCCUUGGUAUGCUGGCCGCUAUCACGGUGACAAAUGACACAGACAACGGAAGUGGUAAGUCGGAUUGA